CCACACACACCCCCUUGGCAGCCAGGCGUUGCCCUUUUAAGAAACCCGGGUGCUGGCUCAGGUAGGCAGAGCCUGUGUGCAGUAGUCGCUCCUAUGGCAACCCAGUAGAAUGGGAUCGCUUCAUGAAUAUUCCCAGGAGCAGGGGCUGCAUGAGGAAUAAGUGAUGACAGUGAUGUAAGCAAGCAGUGGCUGCUGCAGGUUGCAGUUCAUUGUGUUAUUGGCCGGUAGGUUGAGGAGUUUGAGGCACCCGGGCUUGAGCUUCGCUUUCCGGAUGAUGUCUGCCCGCCGGGAGACACGGCACAUUUGCAUCUCGAAGCCAACAUGGCAAGGCGGCUGCUGCUGCUGCUGCCGCCCUCCCUCGCCUUCCAGCCAGAAGUGUGUGGCUCUCCUCUAGACUUCUUGCCCAGUGCUCUGGAUCUGGGCAGACAGGGAUUGCAGUAACACUCACCAAGGGGAGACAAGCAGCAAGUAGCCAAAUCGGGACAACGGAGGAGUCGGGGGGGAGGGGGCUUUUUUGCCUUCCCUGUUUUUUUUUUUCCUUCCCUUCUGGAUGCAGAGCCUGUGUUUUGAUGCAGAGCCUGUGGAUGCCACAGUCUGGUAAGGAGAUGACACGCCAGUCUCUGGUCCUUUCAGCCCCUUGAGCAGGGGCAGGGGCCUGGGGGCAGUGACGGUUCUCCUCCUUGGGCAGAGCGGGGGGUCUCUGCCUCUAACUGAGCAGCAGCAGCAGCAGCAGCAUCGGCCAUGGACAAGCUGCCCCCCUCCAUGCGCAAGAGGCUCUACAGCCUGCCCCAGCAGAUAGGACCCAAGGCGUCGAUCAUGGACGAGGAGGAUGACAGCGACAAGGACACCCGGAGGAAAAGCAUCAGGCUGAAGCCACUGCCUUCGCCCUCUGCUGGGAGCACCCGGGCACUUGGGGGAGACCCCGGCAGAGGGGGGGACCCCGGCCUCCUGGAGACAGAGGCAGGCAGCAAAGGCGCCAAGACCAGCACCAACGGGGACUGCCGCCGCUUCAAAGGGAGCCUGUCCUCGCUGACCAGCAGGCACCUCCACGAUGCGGCUGAGGAGAAGAGGCUGAUCGGCGGGGAAGGGGAGCCGGCCUCCCCCUGUGAGGACAAGAGCCCCCCUGGCAGUGGGGAGCUGGAGCAGGGACUGCCUGCGCCCCCACCACCAGCGUCCCCCCCGGAGCCCCAGCAGCAGCCCGCUCGGGCUUGCUCCUCUACCUCCAUCAAAGUGGAAGGAGGUGGAGGGUGCGACCAGAUCACCCCAGAUGAGGAGCAGAGGCUGGGCCAAGCUGGCUUCAUGCAGAGGCAGUUCGGGGCCAUGCUGCAGCCGGGGGUCAACAAAUUCUCCUUGAGGAUGUUUGGCAGCCAGAAGGCCGUGGAGAGGGAGCAGGAAAGGGUUAAGUCUGCCGGGUUCUGGAUCAUCCAUCCCUACAGCGACUUCAGGUUUUAUUGGGAUUUGACCAUGCUGCUCCUGAUGGUAGGGAACCUGAUCAUCAUCCCUGUGGGCAUCACUUUCUUCAAGGAUGAAAACACUACCCCGUGGAUUGUCUUCAAUGUGGUUUCAGACACGUUCUUCCUUAUCGACCUUGUCCUCAACUUCCGAACAGGCAUUGUGGUGGAGGACAACACAGAGAUCAUCCUAGACCCACAGAGGAUCAAGAUGAAAUACCUGAAGAGCUGGUUUGUGGUGGAUUUUAUCUCCUCCAUCCCUGUGGACUAUAUCUUCCUGAUUGUUGAAACCCGCAUUGAUUCUGAGGUGUACAAGACAGCCCGGGCUCUGCGCAUCGUGCGCUUCACUAAGAUCCUCAGCCUCCUGCGGCUGCUGCGGCUCUCCCGGCUCAUCCGCUAUAUUCAUCAGUGGGAGGAGAUCUUCCACAUGACCUACGAUCUGGCCAGUGCAGUGGUGCGGAUUGUGAACCUGAUCGGGAUGAUGCUGCUGCUGUGUCACUGGGAUGGCUGCCUCCAGUUCCUUGUGCCUAUGCUGCAGGACUUCCCUGACGAUUGUUGGGUGUCCCUCAACCGCAUGGUGAAUGACUCCUGGGGGAAGCAGUAUUCCUAUGCGCUGUUCAAGGCAAUGAGUCACAUGCUCUGCAUUGGCUACGGGCAGCAGGCGCCUGUUGGCAUGUCAGACGUGUGGCUCACGAUGCUGAGCAUGAUUGUCGGUGCCACCUGCUAUGCCAUGUUCAUCGGCCAUGCCACAGCCCUAAUCCAGUCUCUGGACUCCUCACGGCGUCAGUACCAGGAGAAGUACAAACAAGUGGAGCAGUAUAUGUCCUUCCACAAGCUCCCUGCAGACAUGCGGCAGCGCAUCCAUGAUUACUAUGAGCACCGCUACCAGGGGAAGAUGUUUGAUGAGGAGAGCAUCCUGGGAGAGCUGAGUGAGCCCCUCCGAGAGGAAAUCAUAAACUUCAACUGCCGGAAGCUGGUUGCCUCCAUGCCCCUCUUUGCCAAUGCAGAUCCCAACUUUGUGACAUCCAUGUUGACCAAGUUGCGGUUCGAGGUGUUUCAGCCAGGGGAUUACAUCAUCCGGGAGGGCACCAUUGGCAAGAAGAUGUACUUCAUCCAGCACGGGGUGGUGAGCGUCCUCACCAAAGGCAACAAGGAGACCAAGCUGGCAGAUGGCUCCUACUUUGGAGAAAUUUGCCUGCUGACCCGCGGCCGGCGCACAGCCAGUGUGCGAGCUGAUACCUACUGCCGGCUCUACUCCCUCUCAGUGGACAACUUCAACGAGGUGCUGGAAGAGUAUCCCAUGAUGCGGCGAGCUUUUGAAACCGUGGCUCUUGACAGACUGGACAGAAUUGGCAAGAAAAAUUCCAUUCUGCUGCAUAAAGUCCAGCAUGACCUCAAUUCAGGUGUUUUCAACUACCAAGAGAAUGAGAUCAUCCAGCAGAUUGUGCAGCACGACAGAGAGAUGGCACACUGUGCUCACAAUGUCCAGGCUGCCGCCGCUGCUGCUGCCGCUGCCGCAUCCACACCCACCCCUGUCAUCUGGACUCCGCUGAUCCAGGCACCCCUGCAAGCUGCAGCGGCCACCACUUCUGUCGCUAUAGCCCUGACCCACCACCCACGCCUCCCGACAGCCAUCUUCCGUCCUCCGGUGUCUGUCUUGGGUUCCUUGGGACAGCAAUCCAACCAGACUCCAAGACAGCUGAAAAGGCUUCAGUCUCUAAUCCCGUCGACUGGGCCUUCUGCCGUUGGCUCUCCCUCCAGUACUCCAUCCCAGCUGCAUACGCCAGGAGCAGAAACGCCUUCGUCCUCUUCCUUCCACAUCCAGCAGCUUGCAGGAUUCUCAGCAGCCGCCGGCUUGGGCCAGUUCCAGGUGGGAUCUCCUCCAGGUGGCUCAAGCCAGCCGGGUUUGAGCGGCACGUCCUCAGUGUUCCAACAGGCAUCUUCUGGGUCACCCUUAGGUACAGCUCAGCCCCUCCAGCAGCAACAGCAGCAGCAGCCGCCAGCCCUUUCCAGCAGUGGAUUUGGGCACUUCCAGCAAGCCACAACUAGCUCCCCAUCAACAUCACUCACCCAGCUUUCAUCAAACUCACCCCCCAGUCUUCUCAACCAGUUCCAGCCCACCACAAGACCACUGCAGGGGGGACAGUUACAGCAGCUCUCGGGCAGUGGAACUUUGGGGGGAAUGAAUCACUUCCAAGCCCCUCCUUCUUCCAACUCUCCAUCCUCCAGCCUAAGCCAGCUGGCACAGGCCUCUGGUGGGCCGUCCUCAGGCCUGUGCCAAACACAUCCAAGUGCAUUAGGAUCUUUAACUGGAACGAUAGCCCAGCUCCACCAAGAACGGCCACCUUUUGCCUCCAUGUCUCCACUCCAACAGUCUGGUGUCGCCUCUCCCUGUUAUACCCCUUCUGGCCUUAGUCCUCCUAGUCAGAGCCCAGUGUCAACAAGAACUUUUCAAUGUGGCCCUUCUGGGGCCUCAGGCUCUCACGGAUCUCUGCUCCUGCCUCAGACCGCCAGCCCACCUCCGCAGAUCCUGCAGUCCAAGAGCACACCGCCUGUGCCACCGGGACGUCUGAACCAGGACAUCAAGUUGAUUUCUGCUUCCCAGCCAUCUUUGCCCCAAGAGCUGGCUCAGACGCUGAGCCAAAGUUCUCCUCAUUCCUCUAGAGAAUCUGUUUCCAGCUUCUCUCCUUUUCCUGCUGGAGGGACUGGACUUCUUGGGAAGCCUUGUAGCUCAAUUCCUGGGCGUGUGACUUUACCACGUCAGAUGUCCUCAGGUUCUUUACCACAUCCGCUGGUGUUUGGGGCCAGCGCUGCAGGCGCCGCUUCUCUGACUGCUGGUGGGCGGAAAGAAUCCAUAGCGCUCACAGGGGAUCUGGAACCUGUCAGAUCCAAACUGCCCUCCAAUUUGUGAGGACUCCUUCUGAGAGCUGGUUAUGUCAGCCGUGCAAUUCAGUUCCUGAUUAGACUUUCAUGAAUAAUUUUUUCCUUUUCUUUUUCCCCCCUCUCUUUUUUUCUCCAUUUCUUUUGUUUAGGUUUAACUGUGAUUAGUAACAAACAAAAAAAACAUGAAAAACAACAAAAAAAGAAGAUAACCAGGUAUUCUUAGAGCUAUAGAUUUUUGGUCACUUGAUUUUAUAGAAUAUUUUAAUACAUGGAACAAAAGGUUAUGAGCAAAUUUAAUCCAACGAGGUAACGCACAGACAAGGUGUGUACCUGAGCUGGAACAUAUGAAUGAUCAGCCAUAGAAGCCACCAAAAAAAGGUUUUCCUGUUGAGACAAAGAUCCGAGGUUGAUGUGGGCCAUAAAAAGGAACAUCAGGUCAGGCCUGUCGCUGGUGUUGUACAGGCCUGUAGCUGGAGAACAGCUCUGGUUGGCCUCAGCUUUGCAUCGCUUUGCACCAGCUGUGAACCUGACCUGCAGCACCUAGUUAUGGGGGGACUUGGAUGGCUUGCUGUGUGCAUCAGAAAGUUUCACUUCCUCCCAGGUUUUCUCCUGUGAUCAGCAGGUUGCAGAGGAAGCAGGAAGAGGGGUGAGUUUCGUUAAUGCAGUUCCCUCUAGGGAUUCCAGAAGGGCUGAGUUUUUGUUUGGACUCCAUCUGAAGAAGAUAAAGGUGACCAGGAGAUGGAGAGGCCUGACUUCUUGUCUCUUUCUUAUUCCACUGAUGCUCUAGCAAUCCCUUGUAUGUCACAAGGAGGGCAGUGAAUAUCCCCUCUGUUUUUUUAUUGGCGUCGUGGAGGUGGGUUAUGGGAGAAGUCCUGUCCCUGCCAGCAUGCCAGACAGCUGGCCUCAGCCAGCAGAAGAGCCUAAGCUUCAAUCUCUCCAUGGUUUGGAAAGCCUGUGUGCUGCCUUCCAGGUUGGGGCGUGCAAAGCAAGGGGAGGGAUGAAGAAAGAGGCAGCACUUUAACCUUCCCUCUCUCAUUUUAAUGUCUCAGUGUCCAUGGGCUGACUGCUUUGAAGAGAACUGGAUAGAAAAAGAUUGAGAAGUGGGGUGCAGUCACUCCAGCCCUCUUCCUCCUUAGCCCAAGGGAGCUUGAGCUUUGAGGCACCGAGGGUAAUACUGGUGCCAAGCCAAGAAUCCUCCAGAUCUGCAACUAUGUUUACGCCAUUAAACCAGAUUAGACCAGAAAUUUGGCCAGCCAUGGUCCAUGCUUCUCCUCUGAUGGGGGAAUUGAAAUCUUUUGCUUGAUUUCACCAGCAAUAACAGCCUGCACCUGAUUGGCUUUGGUCUCGCCCUGCAGUUGCAGCAUCACUGGACACAUCUGGGGCCUGGCAGGCACCCUGAGCUGGAUUUUUUGGGGUCCCCUGAUUUAAGGCAGUCAAAGCGGGAUGAAGACAGUAAGGGGCUAUUGGGUGCACAAAGCUUUUACCUCUAGGGCAAGUGUCUCCUUUUCUUUUACUUUGAUCCUUUCUUUCUGUGUUUUUCUUAGGCCAAGAGGUGUCUCUGGCCACCUCACUGUAAAGAGUCAGGUGCUCAACUUUUCUAACACUUGUUAGAAACCCAUGUCCAGCCUCCCUCUGUUUCCAGCUAUCAUGGGGUCCCUCCAGCCCUCAGAGGGAAAGCAGGACUUCAUGCAGCAGUGCCAAAAACUUACUAUUACCACAGUAAUGAUACAGGUUCAUAUAACUCCCUCUCUUACCUCCUCCCACCCCCAACUCUCUCCCAAAACACUGGCUGACAGUUGUUUUUUAUACCGAAUUGUUUGCAAAACUCUUUACAUGUGCCUGUAUCUUGGAUGUUGCUGCAAGCAUUCCUGGGCACUCCUGCUUCAACGUGCUUUGGUGGCUCAGAAUUCAGAUGUAAUCAGCUUUGGUCUUCCUUUAAGGGUCAGGGGAACUCUAGAAAUGUUUUUUCUACUAGCUACAUACAACUAUAUAUGUGUGAGUGUGUGUGGUGGGAGGGGUGCAUGUGUGUGUGUGUGUGUGUGUGUGUAUAGAUUUUAUAUA